AUGUAUAAUUUUGUAUCGACUGUUCAGAAACCAACUGCAGUUUAUCAUUCUGUAACUGGUUGCUUUACAUCUCCAAAUGAAAGAAAUUUAAUUAUAAGUAAAGGAACAAAGUUGGAGAUAUUUACAUUGACUCCUGAAGGAUUAUCACCAGUGCUAGAUGUAAAUAUAUACGGUAGAAUAUCUGACAUGAGAAUAUUGACUGCAACCGGUGAUAAACAAGAUAGAUUAUUCAUUUUGACAGAAAAGUAUAAAUAUUGUAUUUUGGCAUUCAACAGUGAGAGUAGAGAGUUGGUUACUAUUGCAACUGGCGAUGCAGAGGGAACCAUUGGAAGACCGGCAGAAGCUGGACAGAUCGGUAUUGUCGACCCUGAAUGCAGAAUGAUCGGUAUGCAUUUGUACGAGGGUUUGUUUAGAGUGGUACCACUGGAACAUGGACAACCGGUACGAGAGUCAUUCAGUAUGAGAAUAGAACAGCUACAGAUCGUCGAUAUGGUGUUUCUCAAACAAUGCGCAAAGCCAACACUCGCCUUACUCUUUAAGGACACGCGUGACGCCCGACACAUCGUCACCUACUCGAUCGACGUCGUCACCAAGGAACUCAUUGAAGGCGCCUCACAAGACUCGGUCGAGGAGAACUCAACGAUGCUGGUGCCACUCGACAACGGUGCAAUGUUGAUCGUCGGUGAGAUGGCGAUCACCUACAUGAACUUGAAGGGUAACAGUCAGCCCGUUACCAUCUCCAUCGACCACACACACAUCGUUGCGUACGAGCAGAUCGAUCGCGAUCGAUUCCUGUUGGCCGACGACUGUGGAAGUUUCGGUGUCGUCUACGUCGGUAGUUCGUCGGGCGACAGUCAGCUGAUUCGUCUAAACUCUCACAUCGAUCCUAACACUGGUUCCUACAUCUCGGUGAUCGACCAGUUCACCAAUCUCGGACCGAUAACCGACUUUUGUGUGGUCGACGUCGAGAAGCAAGGACAGGGACAGCUGGUAACCUGCUCUGGAACCUUCCAAGAUGGAUCGCUCCGAAUCAUUAGAAACGGUAUUGGCAUUGCCGAGCAGGCAUCGAUUGAACUCCCGGGAAUUAGAGGUCUGUGGUCACUCUCCAACAACUCGAAUCCAUCCAGUCUGCAUCGUCAUCUCAUUGUAUCAUUUAUCAACUCGACGAAAGUACUAACUUUUUCGGGCGAGGAAAUUGAAGAGACGGAAAUCGCUGGAUUCGACAGCAAUGCAACUACACUCUACUGUGGAAACACAACAGAGAACAACCAUUUCAUUCAAAUUGCAACCUCUGGUAUCUACUUGGUAGAUUCUUCGAGUUUGAUGCGUUUAGAUCAAUAUACUCCAGAGAAAGGAUCAAUCAAUCUUGCCUCUUGCAAUGGUAGUCAAAUAUUAAUAUCACAGGGUAGCAAUUUAACUUAUCUAGAGAUCAGUGAUUCUAAAUUAAUUAUUAAAAAGGAAGCACAAUUACAAUAUGAAAUUUCAUGUCUCGAUAUUUCAUUGUUGGAUGGAUUCACUUCUUCACCGGUUUGUGCAGUUGGAUUGUGGACUGAUAUUAGUGUUCGUAUUUUGCAACUCCCAAAUCUAAAUGAAGUCUGCAAGGAGACGCUGGGUGGUGAAAUUCUACCAAGAUCAAUCUUAUUUAUUACAUUCGAGGGAACCAAUUAUCUACUGUGUUCACUUGGUGACGGUCAUCUUUUCAACUUUACAUUCGAUGUUGUCGAGAAUUUACUACAAGAGAGAAAGAAACUAUCAUUAGGAACAACACCAAUCCUUUUAAAUAGUACAAAUGUUUUUGCUUCAUCGGAUCGUCCAACUGUAAUCUACAGUAAUAAUAAGAAACUGUUGUAUAGUGCAAUCAAUAUGAAGGUUGUAUCUCACGUUUGUUCUUUCAAUUCCGAGGCAUUCCGCGAUAGCAUUGCCAUUGCCACAGAGAGUUCAUUGGUCAUCGGUACAAUCGACGAAAUUCAAAAACUUCACAUCAGAAAUGUCCCACUUGGUGAGAUGGCCAGAAGAAUCACCUAUGUCGAGGAAUAUCACAGUUAUGCAGUCAUUACAAUCCAAAGAAACGAUGGUAAUAACAACAACAAUGACAAUGACAACUUCAACAAUAACAAUAAUAAUGGUGUUCCACUUACCAACUAUGUAAAAUUGCUCAAUGAACAGACAUUUGAAACCACCUCCAAGUAUGCUUUAAAGAGUUUCGAAUUCGGAUGGUCAAUUGUCACCUGUAGAUUCAAGAAUGACGAUGCCCUAUAUGUUGUAGUGGGUACUGCUUUCCACAAUGAAGUGGAGAGUCAACAAUCAAAGGGUAGAAUUUUGGUGUUCAGAAUCGAGGAUAACCGUUUGAUUUUGUUGGACGAGGUUGCGUUGCCAGCCUGUGUCUACUGCUUGUUGCCAUUCAACGGCAGACUGUUGGCGGGUAUCAAUAAGCGUGUCCAGGCAUUCAAUUGGGGUGUCGAUACCAAUAAACUCACAAAAGCAGAGUCGUACAGCGGACACACUCUCAGCCACUCGAUGGUGAGUCGUGGUCACUUUGUCUUGGUUGCCGAUCUCAUGAAAUCAAUGACACUGCUCGUCGAAGACCAACAGGGAGCCAUCAAAGAGUUGGCUAGAAAUCCACUGCCAAUCUGGUUGUCGAGAAUCGAGAUGAUCGAUGACGAAACCUUCAUUGGUGGUGACAACUCUUACAAUCUGAUUGUCGUGCAAAAGAAUGCAGAGGCCAGCAGCGAAAUCGACAAUGAACUCUUGGACACCGUUGGACAGUUCCAUCUCGGUGAGACAAUCAACAAAUUCAAGCACGGUUCACUCGUUACCUCGCCAGACAUGGAUUCACCAAAGCUCCCGACCAUUCUCUUUGGUACGGUGAGUGGUGCUAUCGGUGUGAUAGUAUCCAUCUCCAAGGACGACUAUGAAUUCUUUGAGAAACUACAGAAAGGUUUGAAUAGAGUUGUUCAUGGUGUUGGUGGAUUACCAUUUGAAAAUUGGAGAUCAUUUAGUACUGAACAUAUGACUAUCCCAUCUAAAAACUUUAUUGAUGGAGAUUUAAUUGAAACCUUUUUAGAUCUAAGACAUGACAAGAUGUUGGAGGCAAUUAAAGAUAUGAAUAUUUCUAUUGAAGAUACCUAUCGUCGAAUUGAAUCUUUGAUGCAUCAUAUUAGAUAG